AUGUCUCAGAAUACCUUCCCACCCUCGCUGAUUCUUACAACAACUACAGUGAUCUCACUGACGGGUUGGGAGACGAAAUACAAGCAGUCUCUCGAAGACGCGUGA